AUGACCAUCCAGGGGGAGAGAAUCCACACCAUUGAGCAAAUGCUCGACGCCCUGGAAAAGAGCGACGCUUCGGAAAAAUACGAUAUUGCACUCUUUUGCUAUGGAAAGCUGAUUUCUGCGCAUGACCUGCUCGGCGAUGGGAUCUGCCGUCUAUUUGACUACGUCAGCUCAGCGGAACUAUGGAAGGGCCACCAUGAUACCCAAGAAUAA